AUGAACGGAAUGACGCAAAACUGUAUGAUAACGAGACGGGAAGAAACAAGACGAGUCGAAAAUGAAUUUGACGAGGCAAAACGGGAUAGAAAAGAAAGGGACAUGGACGGGGAGGAACGAGACGGAAAGGAAAUGUACAUGAUGAGGAAAAAUGAGAUGAGAAUGAAUGAGACGGUGCAAAAUGGGACAAGGCGGAAACGAGAAGGAAUAAACAGGACGGGACAUAACGAGGCCAAAAUUAUACCCGACAAGGCAGAACGAGACGGGAAGAAAGGGAUGGGGCAAUACGAGACGGGAAAAAACAGAACGAGGAGGAACGGGGAGGGAAAUAGGACAGGGAGGAACGAGAUGGGAAAUAGAACGGGAUAG